UACAGAUAUAGCAUUCCCAUUGCCCCUCAGCGAAUUGCAUAUCUGCACCCCAUCCUGCAUCUUUAUCGCAGUUUCUGUUCCCCGCAAAACCCCCCUAAAUCCAUAAAAGGGUCAGCCUCCAGCAUUGUUUCACUUGCUAUACCACCACCGGCUAAACUCGAUGACUUCGCUCUACUAUACUGCUACUGACUCGGCCUACAAGGCCGCAACUUCCUGCCUUUUCUACUUCUCCAACUAUCAGGCCAAGGCCAAGGCUAAACGUGCGCUGGUGCUUGCGACCGUGCCUCCCGAAUGGCUUCUCUCGGACGAGAUUGCCGCGCAGUUCACGGAAUCCUCAGGAAACUCCGUACUUGCGAUCAUCAACGAUCCUGCGGUUGUAGGUCACAUUCUCUCUCAGAAAGAGAUCGACUUGACCAGCAAGUACACCAGCACUGAGCUCUUGGAGCAGCUCAAAUCCCGCGAGAUCACCAGCGAGGAACUCACGCUCGCAGUAUGCAAGAAGACGGCAAUCGCCAACCAACUCACCAAGUGUUGCACGGAACUCAUGUUCGACGACGCCUUGGCCCGUGCGCGCGCAUGCGACGCGCAUUUGGCUGCGCGUGGCGAGCCCCUUGGGCCGAUGCACGGCUUGCCAAUCUCCGUUAAGGACCCUUUCAACGUUCCGGGCUAUGACUCAACCUUGGGUUUUAUUGACAACAUUGGAAACAAGGACAAGCUCGAGCAGUCGACUGCGGUAACCGCGUUGCUCCAGCUUGGCGCUGUGAUCUACUGUAAAACCAACGUUCCCCAGACGAUGAUGACGGUCGACUCAGAUAACAACAUCUUCGGAAGAUGCUUGAACCCCUCCAACACUAGCUGGACCGCAGGUGGGAGCACUGGGGGCUCUGCUGCCUUGAUCAGGGCCUGUGCAGGGAAUAUCUCGAUUGGAACGGACAUCGGGGGGUCCAUCAGAUUGCCAGCCCUCUGCUGCGGAAUCUAUGGAUUCAAGCCCUCCGCUCAGCGGUUCCCGAGUGCAAAGCAGACGAAGCCCAUCGAUAAUGCGCGCCGCGGGUCGGGAAAUUUGGAAGUCUGCUCGGGGCCCAUGACCACCUCCAUGGACGACAUUGAGUUAAUCUUGAAGUCUGUGUUGUCGAUUCCCAACUUGGACAAAAUCGACACCGAAAUGUUGAACGUCAAAUGGCGAAAGGAGUGCGAGUAUGUUCUCCAGGAGAAGCCAUUGCGCAUCGGGGUGGUAGUGGAGGAUCCCGAGGUGCCUCUUCAUCCGUCCAUGAAGCGCAUUAUCCAAGAGGCGUGCAAUAAGUUAUCUUCGCACUCUGGGAUCGAGCUUGUCUAUGUGGAAAAGUUCCCCAGCUUACACGCUUCCUUCAAGCUCUGCUACAAGUUCUACUCCUUAAACGUCGGAGGCAUGCGUAAGAAGAUUAUCGCAGGCUUUGAGCCUCCGGUGAAGUCUGUACUGAACCUCGACUCGAGUUUCAUAGCACAAGAUUUGGGGCCAAAGGUGACAACUGUCUCUCAACUUCAGGAUCUUAAUGGAAACCGGUUUGACGUGAUUGCCCAAUGGAAUGACAUUUUUAACGUCUCAGACUUGGACUGCUUGUUGAUGCCUGGCCAUGUCGGCACGGCUCCCCCGCACGAUUCGUUUGGAUUGCCAUACUACACCGCGAUUUGGAACCUCUGUGACUUCCCCGCACUAAUUUUGCCCUUUGGUGCGGCCGAUAAGGCAGUGGACACGGCAAAGUACGUGGUUCCAAGAGAAAAGGAGGCGUACAUUCGGAAGUACGAGCCAGAAACCUUCGACAAGGGUAUUGGGCAUGUCCAACUUGUGUGCAAGCACUUGGACGACGAGAAAUUGUUGGGGAUCGGCAAGAUCGUGGAUCUGGUGUUGAACCCAAGAGCUAAAGUGUAACCGAUACAUUUUGUAUUUCGAAGAGGUAAGAUUUUCGUACUUUUACUAGACACUGUAGUUGAGGUCGAUUUUGAGCGCAUGAUUCUGGUACUCCUAAAAUUACGAAUAGAAAAUAAGAUAUA